AUGUCUUUGCUCAUGAGCCAUUUAGCUCCCUUCUCGCAACGAGUUCUGCAGCCGGAGUUGCAAGCUGAAAGCUCAUCUUCGCAUAACCCGGAGCAAGUUCUUAGAGAAUUACUACCUGCAUCAGAGCGAGACUCAGUCGGACGUUUGAGUGAUCCUGCUCAAAAUGUGUCCGAGUGGCUCGGUCGGGAACUGAACCUCGACCGACUCACAAACGUCUUUGACUCUUUGUGGUUCGCGGGACGUCCCAUGCCACCGCGCCCUCUUCAUCUCCAACGCGUCCUUGCUCGCGAAAUCACGGUGACUGAGCAGAUGGACCUACAUCUCGUGUGGGGGGGAGACCGGAUUUUCAUCAAGCCCCUACCGCGCUAUCUGCUCGAGCCGCGUUUUUGGGAAGAGUAUUUGCCUCACCCACUUCAUCACGUCACUUCCAUGCAUAGGCCUCCAUGCGUCUGCAGCGUCAUCCGUCAACGCGCCCUUGGCUUUCUCUUCUCGUACGUGGCUCUCGUUGCGCACGAAAGCGACUUCAACUUUGCAAAGGCGAGCAGCCUGCUUCCGCAAGAGAUGCAAUGGAAGGCAUGGAAAGUGCUCGUUCAAGAGCUGCUGGACAAAGGAGAAGUCUAUCGAUGUAUAGAUAGGCGCUUCUACUACGGAGAGCUUCGUCUCAGCCGACUCAACAAGAUCUACUUCUUCUGGAAGACCCCUCUGCACGGGUAUGUGCCCCGAUGGAACCAGUACGGCACCUUCUUGAGCGACAAUUUCACCAUAUUGGCCAGCUCUACCGUCUUUAUCGCCAUCGUCCUUACGGCUAUGCAGGUCGGCCUUGCGACCGAUCUCCAGAAUAAUGCCAUGUUCAAAUCGGUUUCUUACAACUUUACCAUCUUCUCUAUUCUUGGCCCCCUAGUCGCUGCGGGCCUGCUCAUAGUCACAUUUGUCUACUUGUACGUCUGGAACUGGAUCGUCACAAAGCACGAGGGAAAAAAGAUUUUGAAAAAGAUCUAUAAUCCUUCUGAGGGAGAUGAUGGAGGGCAAACUUGGUAG